UGGAUUUAAACACUGUCGUUUGAUCACCGGUCAUAUUCACUGAUGCAUGCAGAUGAAUGGAGAUUUAUCGACGCGUAGAUCGCUGUUUAACGCGCGUCUCGCAGCGUGCAGCGCAUCCCUGUCUGUAUGGCAAAUCAUGUAUACUCCGGCAGCCAAGGCAGGUGUGACAGUGGUGGAGAAGGAUGCGACUUUAAGCAGCGCAUACUCACCUGUGGACUACAUGAGCAUCACCAGCUUCCCUAGAUUACCAGAAGAUGAUGUGCUCUCUUCAGACAGCACCUUCAAAUCACGCAAAGAUGAUGAUAACUUCCUCAGUGAGCAGGACACCGAGCCUGAUUUGUUCCUGAAUUCUGCCCGACUGCAGCGGUUGCCCUCUUCAGCCUCAGAUUUGGCGAGUCAUAUUAUUUCACCGCUGAGAGAAACCACCAGAGACCCUCUGACUCAAGACUGCGCGUGUACGCGAGAUGGCCUCACCGUCAUUAUCACUGCCUGCCUGACCUUCGCCACAGGGGUCACUGUGGCCCUCAUAAUGCAGAUCUACUUUGGCGACCCACAGGUGUUUAGUCAGGCUGCAGUGGUGACGGACGCUGCCCGCUGCACGUCUCUUGGCUUUGACGUUCUGAGCAAACAAGGGUCUAGUGUUGACGCAGCCAUAGCCGCCUCCCUCUGUCUGGGCAUCAUCCACCCCCAUACAUCGGGCAUCGGCGGGGGUGGCGUGAUGCUCGUCCAUGACAUCCAUAUGAACGAGAGCCGCGUCAUUGACUUCCGCGAGACCGCGCCCUCUGCCAUUUACCAGGAAUUGUUGUUAAAUGUUAAUCAAAAGUCAGGUCUGUUAGUGGCUGUCCCGGGCAUGCUCAGUGGGUUACAUCAAGCUCAUCAGCUGUAUGGAAGAAUGCAAUGGAAAGAAGUCAUCACCAUGGCUGCAGAUGUCGCAAGAAAUGGAUUCAAUGUUACACACGAGCUGGCGGAUGCGUUGUCUAAAGUGAAGGACAAGAAUGUGUCUGAUGCAUUCAGAGAUCUGUUCCUGCCUAAUGGUCAGGCUCCACUCGCAGGACUUUUUAACAAACGCAUGGAUUUAGCUGCCAUUUUGGACCGGAUUGCAGCCAAUGGGAUCUCAGAGUUCUAUAAUGGGAAUCUUACUCAGGAAAUGACAUCAGUGGUUGAAGCGAGAGGUGGCGUGCUGACAGAGGACGAUUUCAAAAACUACACCACUGUCUUACAAAAGCCACUGCAAAGUCUUUACCAGGGUCACCAGGUGUUUGCCGCUCCCCCACCUCACGCGGGAGCCGCCCUCCUCUCCGCUCUGAACAUCCUGGAGGGGUUUAACAUCACAAGCCAGCUGCCGAGGAACAGACUUUACCACUGGAUAUCUGAGUCUCUGAAAAUCGCCUUGUCUCAGGCGAGUGGAUUGGGAGACCCCAUGUAUGAAUCAUCCGUCCCUGAGGUGCUGGCUCAAAUGCUAAGUAAAACACAGGCUGGUGUGUUCCGUCAAAUGAUCAGUGAUUCACAGGCGUCUGCUGCUGAACACUACACAUCGUCAUUUGAGCUGCAGGAGGGGGCCGUUGCCAGCCAGGUCAUGAUCAUGGGCACCGAUGACUUGAUUGUAUCUGUUAUGAGCUCACUGAAUCGGCCCUUUGGAAGUGGUAUUGUGACGCCCUCUGGGAUUCUCUUGAACAGUCAGAUUUUGGACUUCUCUUGGCCAAAUAAAGCCCUCGGCUCAGCGCCAUUCAAUCCGCGUAACAGCAUUGAACCUGGAAAGAGACCCGCCUCCUUCCUGACGCCCAUCGCAGUGAGGCCGUCUAUAAGGCUGUGUGGGACCUACAUCGCUCUGGGAUCCUCCAAUGGUGACCGGGCUCUUAGUGGCAUCACACAGGUUUUGAUUAAUGUUUUAUCAUCACGCAAAAAUAUGAGUGACAGUGUGUCAUACGGUAGACUCCAUCCUCUCAUCCAAACUAACACUCUCCUGGUGGACUCUAAGUUUCUUGAGGCAGAUGUGGAGUUUCUCUUACUGAAGGGCCACAAGGUGCAGAAGGUGGAUGUCAUCUCACUGGUGGAAGGAACCAGGAGAACCAAUGACCUGAUCAUAGGUGUGAAGGACCCACGAAGCGCUGAUGCAUCGGCACUGUCCAUGUCCAUGCCUUAGAGUUCAGCAUGACUUUCCCCGCUCUGUGCUGUGUGUAGACCGCUCCCACAGCGGUCUGUCUUAGAUACUGUUUGUGCACUAAAAAGGGGAGUUAAGAGGUUUUAAAAUAAGCAGAGAGCAGUAAGGGAUGAGUGAAGUGUGUAAAGACAACUAAAGAUGUUGGAUAUGCUGGGUCCAUGUUUGCUGGAUGGAAGUGAGGCACCCUCUGUCCCUGCUUCAGACACACUUGGCAUGCACACACAUAAUGUUGACUGCUUGUAAAAGACAAUAUGAUAUCUGUAUUUAUUUCAUUAUUCAGCUAAAGAUUUUGAAAACCACACUGGCACAUGUUAUGUUAAUGCACAGGACAGAAAUUGGCAAGUCCAAUUUAUACGUAAUUUGAGCAUGUUAACUGCUUCUUUAUGUACACUACCAGUCUAAAGUUCGAACACACGUACACAUUAUUAGUAUUUUCCACAUUUUAGAAUAAUAGUUAAGUCAUUAAAACUCUGAAAUAGCACAAAAAAAUUAUGAUAAUAAUAAUUGUUAUUUAUAUAGCAAUUAUUGUUAUUUAUAUAGCAACUUUCCAAAGCUCAAGGGCAAUACAAAAUGAAAGAGUUCUAUCAGUUUAAGAAUAAAAUCAGAAAGAUAGGGGAUGGUUCAUGACGUGUAAGGGUUGGGGGGUGGGGUCGUUUGAAAUUGACAAAGGUGUCUGUUGUAAUGCCCAGGUUAUGGACAGUCUUUGUGGGUUUAACAAGAACUCCAUCAAUGUUGAUGAAGAAAUAAGAGUAAUUGUAAUUUAGAGUUUAAGGUCCAAUAAGCAUUAUUUCAGCCUUGGUUGAGUUUAGUUUGAGAAAAUUUGAGUUCAUCCACUCCUUAAUAUCAGUGAUACGAACUUCUAGUGAGCGCGUGCUUGGAUAUAUCUGUGUAUCAUCAGCACAACAGUGAGAGCGAAGACCAUUCCGACAAAUAAUAUGAAUUAUACGCAGAUAGACGAAGAAGAGAAGAGGACCGAGGACAGAACCUUGUGGGACACCUUGUGGACAGUACUCGAUAUACCAAUAGGUGAAAGCCUGGAAAUAUACUGUAUGUAUGGCGUAGGAAAUGGUACAGAAUGCAGAGCUGACAUAUGGAAGUACAUGGGAAUUAUACUGUCUUCACAUGUUAUCGCAAUUAUGUAUAAUAUUGAACGACCCCUCAAGUUGUAAUUAUGACUGGGAAACUCUGAGAUCAUUUUGAUACCCAAGUUUCCGAGUUGGGGGAGAUGUAAACUUACAACAUGGCAGAGGAGAGUACGGUUUCUGGUGCGAAUUAAUUAUUUUAUUCAUUUCAUCGUUUCGGUCAUAUUCACUUAUGUAUAUCAGCAUCGUCUGGCAUCGUCUAUGUUUCCUGUUCUUUCCGACAAUAAAGCACUUGAACACAACUACUCGUAACUACAUCUUCAGCAGUGGGAAGUAGGAUAAUUCUGAUAGCACAUGAAGGCAGCAUUAUUGUAUGUAGUGACCAAACAAAUGAAAACUAUUUUAUUUUUGAGCUUCUUCAAAGGAUCCACCCUUUUGUCUAGAUUACAGCUUUGCACACUCUGGUCAUUCUCUCAAGCAACUUCAUGAGGUGAUUUGCUUCCUUUUAUCGAAGGAGUGCACAUGUAUGCUGGACAUUUGUUGGCUGCUUUUCCUUCACUAUCUGGCUCAAAUACAACUAAAAAAAGGGGAUUUGUGAAGAUUUUCAUAUAUAAGGACAAUUUAAAAAAAGUCAUUUCAAGCAUUAAGCAUAAGCCUUUAGAUCAAAAGGUCUUAAAAGGAAUGUUACAAUAAAAAAGUUAAACUCAAUUGACAACAUUAGUUGCAUAAUGUUGAUUACUACAAAAAUAAUUUAGACUCGUCACAUGUUUAUUUAAAAAAGUGAAAAUCUAGGUUACUUGCAGUAAAGUGCUUACAAUGGAACACAGAUUCAAAAGUAUAGCCACAAGUAGAUCACACUAACAUCAUAUUAGCACAUACUGUAUAAUGCUUAUCUCGUGGUUGUACUUUGGAAACAGUGCGUAUUCAAUGUUGUAACUUCCAUUGUAAGUGCAAAGAGUAAGAGUCAAGAUGAGUUUUUGUGGGAACCAACAUUAUGCCACAAAUGUUGUUGAUUGAGCUUAACUUGUAUUUACGACAUUCCUUGAAGACCAGUGAAACAAAUUCAGUCAAGUGUGUUCAAACUUUGAUUGGAAGUGUAUUUCUUUUUAUUAAAAUAAUUACUAGUACCUUGAGGACUGUGUAGGGAAGCAUAAUGCUCAUUCAAGGGUAUUUUCACAAAUGGUAGUAAAUGUAAGAUUAAUGUUGAAUGAAGGUGAAGCUACAUGAAGGAUAUUUCUGAUUAAUUAUUCUACAGUGACAACAAGAGUAAAUGCUCCCAUUUACAAGCAUGCAUGAUGUUGCAUAUUAUUUAUUGAUGAUUUUAGAGGGUUUGGAUAUUAUGUUGGUAAAGAUAUAUUCUUAUUAUUAGCUAAUAAAGACUUCAAGCAUUACCUAAGGAAAUUAUCAAAGGAAAAGUAGUUGAGCAAAUGUACAAACAUCAGUGUCGGGUGUAAAAUAUAUAGCAAAUAAGAUGGAUUUGCUUACAGUUACACUGCAUACAUCUUUACAUGCAAUUGAAUAAAUGGUACAAUUGUUAUUUGCUUCUGUACAGGUAUGUUUUGUUUAUUAUUUUGAAUUGCCGAUGUAGUUUUGCUAAUGCAAUUUAACAUACUUUCCAGAUUGUUACAUGUCUACUGGAUUAUCACUAAUACUUGUUAAAAGACAAAAAAUAAUAGAACUUUUUGGUUUUUAUGUGUGCAACAGUGAAAUGAAUGUUUUUAUAGUAGGCUAUGCACAUUCUUUUCUUCUGAUUGACAAUCAGUUGACUUAUAAAGUGACGUGAGCUUCCUGUUAUAAUAGGCACAUACAGUUUUUUAUGCCAAUUGAACACUGUUGCCUGAUAUUGCACUGUAACAGCAUCUCUUGUAUGUAGCAGCUUUUGGGAACAAUAAUAACUAUUUAACUGUA